UUGCUGCUCUUCUUUCUUCAAAAGUAUUCUGGUUCUCUGAUUUUCGAUUUCUUUGUUUGAAGCUUUUUCUGAUUUUCAUGUUUUAGAUCUGAUAUCUGUACUCAAAAUAUUUAUAACAUUACAUAUUUGGCGCAUAACUCUGCUUUAGUGUCUCGUGAAAUGUAAACUUUUGUUUUAAAAGAUGCAUCAUUCAAUUUUCUACAAAAUCUUGUUGAAAGUAUUUUUAAACACCGUGAGUCCAAAUUCACAAAGAUUAAAUACUGUGACCUAGUGAAAUAAACCUAUUUUAUACUAAUUUUUCCUAUCUUUUCUAUUGCCACUCGAAGAAUAAGCACAUUGAUAAUAAAAAUGUGGCAAGUGUGUAAACUUGAAAAAACUUAAUCGAUUACUGAUAUUCGACAGUUUUGAAUGCAACUUUCUACUUUAUAAAGUACCUAUUUUUAAAAAGUUGGAGAUAUCGCUGGGAAAUAAAUGCAGUUUACUCAGUAUCAUUGUCUGAUUUCUUAAAAUUCCGUUUCAGAUUCCUUUACAAUAAAUUCAUUAAAAUUUUGUAAAAAAUUGAAUGAUGUAUUUUUUGAAACAAAAAUUGAUAUUCCACAAGACACGAAAAUCGAAAUAUGCAUGAAAUAAAUAAUGUUGCAAAUAUUUUUAGAACAUCCGAUACAUGAACAUUUAUUUUUAAGAUCGAUGAAUGUUUUAAUGAACUUUACUUAUUAUAUAAUUUGUAUAACAUAAAAAUGAAAGUGAGGAUACUAAAAUCUAUCAUAAAUUAUAUUAUUUAAUUUUUUUCUUUGAUAUUUUAGUUAAUUGUGAUGUUAUUGUUAAAUAUUUUAUUCAAGUACAAUCAUUUCAGUCAAAUGAUAAUGAUGAUGUUUACCCUCGUUUACAUUCAGCAAUACUUUAUAAGACUAAUAUGAUGGAAAAAUAUCCACAAUCAAAUGGACUUCAACGAUUAAAAAGGAUAUAUUGGGAAAAUCUAUCAUUUCAUGCGCCUGUUUACAAUAAAAAAAUUAAAAAAAUAUUUUUUUCUACUGCAUAG